AUGAUAAAGGGAGGGGUGUGGAAGAAGACCGAAGAUGAGAUUCUCAAGGCCGGCGUGAUGAAGUAUGGUAAGAACCAGUGGGCUCGGAUCUCGUCUCUUCUCGUUCGUAAGUCGGCCAAACAGUGUAAAGCUCGCUGGUACGAGUGGCUCGAUCCUUCUAUCAUAAAAACUGAAUGGACCAGAGAAGAAGAUGAGAAACUUCUAAAUCUUGCAAAACUUAUGCCUACUCAGUGGAAAGCUAUCGCUCCUAUUGUCGGCCGUACACCAUCUCAGUGCCUUGAGAGGUACGAAAAUCUUCUUGAUGCAACGGAUGAUCCACGGAAACUAGGUCAUGGCAGCAAUCAAGCGUCGUCGCUGAUAGAGUUGUUUCUUGCUUCCUCAAAAACAUAG